UGGUGGGUGAAACAAAAGAAGGCGUGUUGUGUUGUUGUUUGGCUGUAGCUGCUGUCGAGGAUUUCUUUUAAUUUGCUGAGUUUUUCUUCAAGUCGCUGCUAAAACUGAUCAGAAAUCGCCUUUUCUGUUUCUGAGUCAUAAUAUCACACCGGCUGUAUCAUGGCGAUGCUCCAGCAGCGACGACAAAAUGUACGACUUCCGCCAGAAGUGAACAGAGUCCUAUACAUUCGUAAUCUUCCAUACAAAAUUACUGGCGAUGAAAUGUAUGAUAUAUUUGGAAAGUAUGGUGCGAUUCGUCAAAUAAGAGUAGGAAACACUCCGGAAACCAAAGGAACAGCUUUUGUAGUUUACGAAGACAUUUUUGAUGCAAAAAAUGCCUGUGACCAUCUGUCCGGAUUCAACGUUUGCAAUCGUUAUUUAGUUGUUUUAUACUACCAGGCUACCAAGGCAUUCAAGAGGGUAGAUGUUGAUAAGAAGAGAGAAGAGCUCGACAAGGUUAAAACAAAGUUUGGCCUUCAUGAUGAAGUGAAGAAGUGAUAUGACUUAAUUUUGACAUACUGUCCUAUUUUCCAAAAUAUUUUUUACAAUGUAUCUGUGUUUUUUUCAUGAAUAGAGUUUUUGAUUCCCUUGCAUGAAGCUAAGAUGCUUACGUGGUGAAUUCGGGUCUUGACCAUCAUCUAUUCUUUGUUUGAGUCUUCAAUUAUUCUUUUGUUGUUGUAUGCAAUCCUCAAAGUGUACAAGUAGCAUGAAAUUUUGAUUUUACUUUCUAAAACUCUUAUAUUGUUUAUUUUUCCUCAAACUCACUGGUUUUUUUUUUGUUUCUUUUUUGGCUUGUAGUAUUGAAAGCUGCACAGCUAAGUUAUCAUGCUGAGUGUUGUGUACUAUUCUCCAUAUUAUCAUUAAAUCAUGAUGUCCUCAUA